GGUGAACAGAGGGUAAGAAAAAAAAAGCUAAUCUCGACUGCAACAUCCUGACUCUCUUCUCUCUCCUCUCUCCGCGACCGUCGACGCCACGACUUCGGGCUGACACAAGGCUAACCCUCGAUUGCACCGCAGCACUGCAAUCUCGAGAUAGCCAUUGCGCGGCCUAGCUCGAGCUCUGCCAGUUCGACGAUGCGGUAACACACCUCCGCCCACCUCCCCCACCAUCAACACCAUCACCAACCCGCCGUUUCUCACGACAAGUGACGACAACCGCGCCGCCGCCGUCAUGUACGACCUCAAUGUGGCCUGGUCGCCCUCCACGACCCCAGACCAGCUCCUCCAGCUCCUCACCCUCGCCUCCGCCCUCGGCUAUGCCACCGUCGCCCUCAACCACACCCUCGAGUUGCCCAUCCCCGCCGUUCCCUCCGCGCCGUUCCCGCCUGUCUCGUCCGCGAACAAGAAGCUCCCCAGCAUUCUCCACCGUGCCACCAUGCCCCUUGGCGACACGCCCGCGCCCACUUUCCGCCUGCAGACCCUCGUCGCCGCCUACGACAUUGUCGCCGUCCAGCCCCUCACCGAAAAGGGCUUCCAGAACGCCUGCAUCAACCUCGACAUCCCGCUAAUCUCGCUCGACCUCACCCAGCACUUCCCCUUCCACUUCCGCCCAAAGAACUGCAUGACCGCCGUCACCCGCGGCGUGCGCUUCGAGGUGUGCUACGCCCAGGCGCUGGCCGCCGACGCCCGCGGCCGCGCCACCUUCAUCGGCAACGUUGCUAACCUCGUCCGCGCCACCCGUGGUCGCGGCAUCAUACUCAGCAGCGCCGCCAAGGACGCGCUGUCCCUGCGCGCUCCCGCCGACGUUGUUAACCUGCUCAGCGUCUGGGGAUUGCCGAGCGAGAAGGGCAUACUGGGUCUCGGUGCCAUACCCCGCGGCGUGGUUGUCAACGAGGGUAUGAAGAGAAGCGGUUUCAGGGGCGUUAUCGACGUGGUCGACGUCGCGAAGCGGGACGAGGAGGACCAAGGUGAAGUCACCGAUGCUCAGACCGGUAAGAAAAACAAGAACAAGAACAAGGGCCAGAACCAGAAGCGCAAGAGCGGCGAGGAGGACACACAAACGAUAAGCAAGCGACAGGCCAAGAAGAUGAAACUAGCAUCAAGGGGCGCGGCUGCAGACAAGAAAUGAAAACAUUCACCCGGCGUUUGGGAAAGGGGAGGCAAAAGCAUGGCAUGACGGACAAUGCACGCAAAGGUUUAGACUUAAUGAGACUCGCUCAUGUUAUUAUCACUUUUUGGAAACAAAUCUAU